GGCAACAAAAACAAGUAGUAGAUAGAAACUUAUUUGUACCAAGAAAAACAAAAGUAAAAAAUACAUUAGAAAUGUCUAACUGAAGUUUAUUGUGCAUGUAUAAGUUUUAGGGCAAGGAGGAAUGUCCAGCAAACAAGUGAAAGUAUACAAAUAUGGAGAAGAUAUUGGCAGGAAAGUCUGCAUACGAGCUGAUUCUGAUUUCUCAAUGCUAGCAAGUGACCUAGACGACAUGUUUGGACCUGGAUUAAAACUGUUUCGGAAAGAAUCAGAAUUCAAUUUACUUUAUAAGGAUAGGGAGAACUAUUGGAAGUCUCUUGACGAUGUUACUUGGAGCAUGUUAGUAGAACGUGUAACGCGGCUAAGGAUCGCAAAAAAGUGAAGCUCUGCUCUAAUGGUUUUAAAGCACUAGAUAAGAAUUUUGAGCUUGAAAAGAAACAAGAAAGACGUUAACCAAAGUAAUAAACGGAGAAGUAGUUCGUGUAUGUUUAUGGAGCAAUAAAACUAUUACUAAUGCUAAGUAUACUUCAUAGUACUAAACAUCAUAAGUGCAU